GAAGAGUUAGUUGACCGUGGUAAGUGAAAACUUUAGUUUUCCUUAAAGUUUGGGUGAGAUAUUCAUGGUAGUCAGAGAAAUAAAUAGAUGAUGGUCCAUUGCGAGAAAGAGGGUGGGGAAUGCAUUGAUGUGGACUUUGGUACCACCGAUCCUCCAUCUCCGCCGGAAACCACCCGACCGCCCCGCCCAACCACCACCCGAGCGCCAUGGCGUCUCACGACAACAACUGUUCCAUUGCCACAACCGCCGGCGUUCCAAUGGUUCUUUAACAACCCAUUUCAUCAUUUAUUCAACCCCGUGGUGCCAAUAAUCGAUCAGCCACUCUGGUAUGAUCCCUUCAUUCCGACGAAGAAGCGGACUCUUCCACCGACAUUGGCCCCACCUCUGACAACGGCCGCCCCAAGUACGACAACCGCCGCUCCGACACCCGCACCUACGACAGCCGCUCCCGGAACAACCAGAAAACCUAAACCGGAAAGGAAGGGACGGCGCGGCCCUAACCGGAAGAAAAAUCGACGUGUCGAAGUGGAGCGCGAGACACGAAGGAAGCGCCAAGCCCUGUAUGAUCCCUUGGACUACCUCUAUAGUGAGUGUUCCGGAGGUUGGGAAAUUGAUAUGGGAUGCAGCGCUCGCGGGAAGAAGGUGUGUUGUUACAGCGCCAAUACCUCCGGGUAUAGGAGAAAGUAGAAAGGGAACUUCUUGAAGAACCCCAAAGUCAAGCAGAUAGGGUUGAAACAAGGUCACCGCCCGUGUUUUUCCGUCACAGUUACGUCACAUUUGUGUUUUAAUUACGUCAUUCAUUGCAGCAGCCCUUUUUAUCUUUG